AUGGGGAGACUUUCUAAAAACUUAAGUGCUAGAAGCCAAGGGCAGUUUCCACUGACGCAGAAUGUUACAGUUGUUGAAGGUGGAACAGCAAAUUUGACCUGUAGGGUUGAUCAAAAUGAUAACACCUCCCUCCAGUGGUCAAAUCCAGCUCAGCAGACUCUGUACUUCGAUGACAAGAAAGCUCUAAGGGACAAUAGGAUUGAGCUGGUUCGAGCUACAUGGCAUGAAUUGAGUAUCAGUGUCAGUGAUGUGUCUCUCUCAGAUGAAGGACAAUACACCUGUUCUUUAUUUACUAUGCCUGUCAAAACUUCCAAGGCUUUUCUCACCGUACUAGGUGUUCCUGAGAAGCCUCAAAUUAGUGGGUUUUCAUCACCGGUUAUGGAAGGAGACUUGAUGCAACUAACUUGCAAAACAUCUGGAAGUAAACCUGCAGCUGAUAUCAGAUGGUUUAAAAAUGAUAAAGAGAUUAAAGAUGUCAAAUACUUGAAAGAAGAAGAUGCAAAUCGCAAGACAUUCACUGUCAGCAGUACACUUGAUUUCCGAGUGGAUCGAAAUGAUGAUGGCGUGAAAGUAAUUUGCAGAGUGGACCAUGAAUCUCUAAACUCCACACCUCAGGUAGCAAUGCAGGUCCUAGAAAUACACUAUACACCAUCAGUUAAAAUUAUACCAUCUACUCCGUUUCCACAAGAAGGACAGCCAUUAGUUUUGACUUGUGAAUCCAAAGGAAAACCCUUGCCAGAACCAGUUCUGUGGACAAAGGAUGGCGGAGAAUUACCAGAUCCAGACCGAAUGGUUGUGAGUGGUAGGGAGCUAAAUAUUAUUUUCCUAAACAAAACGGAUAAUGGUACAUAUCGAUGUGAAGCAACAAACACUAUUGGCCAAAGCAGUGCAGAAUAUGUCCUGAUUGUGCAUGAUGUUCCCAACACUUUGCUUUCUACCACUAUCAUCCCCUCCCUUACCACUGCAACAGUCACAACUUCUGUUCCCAUAUCAGCCACUACAACCACAUCUGCAACAACCAGCAGCAGAAGAGAUCCCAAUGCUCUGGCUGGACAGACUGGCCCUGACCAUGCUCUUAUAGGAGGAAUUGUGGCUGUUGUCGUGUUUGUCACACUGUGUUCUAUAUUUCUGCUUGGUCGAUACCUGGCAAGACAUAAAGGAACAUAUUUAACAAAUGAAGCUAAAGGAGCUGAAGAUGCACCGGAUGCUGACACAGCUAUUAUCAAUGCAGAAGGCAGCCAAGUCAACGCAGAAGAGAAAAAAGAAUAUUUCAUUUAGAUGCAGACCUAGAUUCUGAGUUUUACUUAUCAGGCUGACUGCUGGAGAAAACUGGCUAUCAUCUUUCAGAAUUCAUUUCUACCAUCUUCUGCUCCCUUUAUUAACCUCCAUACUCUACUGCUACCAGUAGCCAGUUUAUACCAACAAUCAGCUUUCUUUAACAUCAUUCUUUAAUUACCCUCUCAUCCAUAAUGCAGGACAUUUCUUAUCGCCUAAAAUUCAUGUUAUUGUUCUCUUAACAUACAGUGCUUGAAUAUACAGCCUUAACAACUUUAAUCAUCAUCUUGAACCAUGGUAUUGAAUUGUUUUCUACAUUUAAAAUUGUAAUUGUAUGCAAGCUUUUCUUCUCCAGUUUUCUUCCUUUUAAUCAUAAUCCUUAUUAGUAUGCCAUUGGACAGUUUUCAUAACCCACACUAUUAGGUGAACACCUAGUGUGCUCAAGUUCAAUCUGAGAUUAGAGGUUUACAAAGAAUGUUUUAUACAUGUCUAUACUUCAAAGACAAGUUUUUGAAACAUAUGUCCUAGAAAACACAAACUGAAAACACUGUAGUAUAGUUUCUAGAAUGCUUGGACUCAGCGAUAGAGGUGUAUCAAUUUGCUAUUUCUCCAAUAGUAUUUGAUACUGGAGCCAUGUGUUUGGGUUGUAAUCAUACCAUGCUGUAUAUCUAUAUACAUUCUGCAUUAGGUUACUGUAGUUUCAUUUACAAAUAAAUUUUUUCCAACACUUUUACUGUUUUAAGGAUCACAAAGAUUAGAUAUGUUUCUGUAUUUUUUUCAUAAUUUAUUUGCUUCAUAAGGACUCACCUGCCUACACAGAUUGGACGUAUUCAUAGGGCACAAUUUCAAGGCAUUUUAGAAUCUGUAUAUAGUGCAUAUAAUAAAUCCAAUUAAACAUUAUUUGAUACAUAUUUAACUUUUUGGGCUGUAGGUAAGUCAGUCAUAAGUAAGCAUUUUCUAAUGUCCAUUAUAUCCCUUUAGAUAUUACUUAAACCAAUAUUAUAAGUAGGUAACAUGUAUUAGUAUUUUUUGUCUGUAUGUCCUAGCACUGUUCAACAGCAAAUUUUUUCUAGUUCUUGUUAAUUUUUUUAUUUGUUAUACAAUGGAAGCACAAUGUUAUAAGGAAAGGUAAUUUUAAGCUAAUAACCAGUGCACAGCCUCAGGUUUUAAAUUACAACCACAUUUGAUUAAUAUCCUAAGGAAUAAACUCUUAGUUUCCAAAAAUAAUCUCAAUUUUUAAAAAAAAAAAAUUGGCAGUUCCAGAGCUGCUUACCUAUCUUGAUUUGCCAAAAACAAAAGAAAAAAUUAAGAUAUAUGUUUUGUGUAAAAAUGGACUAAUUAUUUAUAUUAAAUUCCUGUCUAUGCAUUUUGUGAGGUACAAACUUCUGUCACAGCAAGUAAAAGAGAAUUUCUGCCAUGUUUUUAGCUUCACAGAGAAAGUCUCUCUCUCUCUCUCUGGAUUAGUUAUGAAAUUUUGAUGUAAUUAACCAUUAAAGAAAUCUCAUUAUUCUUAAAUAUGUCAAUGACAAAAAAAAAAAUUAGCCUAACACUUUUACUCAAAGAGCUAAUGGUCUCUCUGUUAUCUGUUAUGCUACUAGAUCAGGUCUCAGUAUUUAUUUCAUGCUAAAGAAUGAAAACCAUGACCGAUUAAUGUUACUCUCCCUUUUUCCAAGUGUUGCACCUUUAAGGGGAAAAUGGCAUAUGGUAAUUAUACUUGUAAAGUUGAAAAUCAUGAUGGGCUAUGGUUAAAAAUAUCUCUUGGGAUUUAUUUUUGGGAUAGGGGAAUGUUUGAGUACAACAUCAUGUAUUAAUGUCAAAUGAAAGGCAAGGGUGCUGUAUCUUAGAUUAUUUGUCAAAAAAGUAUAAAUCUUUUAAGGAAAAUGUUAGAAUUCUAAAACUUUUUGUUGAAACAUUUAUCUUGUUGAUUUCUUUUCAAAAAAGAGAAAGGACAAUGUCAGUCAAGCAGCACUUUUUCAAAAUAUACAGAACAUAAAUAAUAUGAUGUGGUUGAGUGUUAACAUAAUAAAUCAUAUACAGUAUGACAUUUUAAAGAAAUAAGUCUGCAUUGAUGUGAUUGCAUGCUUGUUUUUACAAUUCACUCCAUACCAUCUGUGGAAAAAUGCAAUAAUAUGUUAAUAUAGUAUGGUAGUUUGAGAGAACCAGGUAGGUGCUACUAGACACAUUGAAACUAGUAUAGGUUUACAAAAUGUUCAUGUCUUUCAAAGCAAAGUCUUUAAAAAGACAAACAAAACAAAAUUCAUCCUAUUUAGUACAGAACAGAAAAUUCUAUUACAAACUGCAUCAUCAAAUACUAUUUUAAACUUAAUUUCAGGAUGCAUUUACAAAAUUGAUACUUUUCAUUGAUACUAUGUUUACAUCCCUCUUCAUUCAUCUAAAUCUGACUUGGCUCAAACUGCUGAAUUGUUGCUUAAAUAAUUCAAUUAUUAUUUAUAGCAGUGUAAAGAAAAAAUGCAAAAUUUGGAACAUUUUGAGAUUUUGGACUCUUUCAACCCUUACCCACAGAGUUAAAUAAUAUCAGUGUUGGAAUUUUGGAGGGGGAUGAGGGAAGAAAAAAUUAACUGGACUAUUAUAUUUGGGGGGGCACUAGUUAUAGUUUCAGCAAUGUUACUGCUAGAUUUUAACUGAAAAAUAGUUUUACUUUUUUUUGGCA